UUGAAACUCGUCUGCCAUCUAGUGAGAAAAUGUGAAAUAGUGUCGCGGUGGUAAUUAAUUAUGUGUGUGUGAAAGAUUAAAUAGUGUUUGUGAAAAACGAAGAAAAUUAUUUAACUUGCGCGUGGUGGGCAGCUACUACUACUGCGUCCGUAGUCCGCAGACCACCAUGAAAGGUACCUGAGGACAUCCCAUAGAUACCACCGACGCCGCAAGGUGUCCAUGAUGUCUGGAGAUGGACCCACGCUACCCCCCACCACCGCCCACAUCAAGAAGGAGGUCGAUGUCAACAUGUUGCAGGCGUGUUCGCCGUCCAACAGCAACAUGUACUCCCCCACCACCACGGUGCCCCAUAGUGACAUGGAGUACUGCGAGGCCCCGGACGACAGGCGGUACGAAGUGUCCCAGUCGCGCUCGCCGGGCAGCCCCGACCGGCAGUACUGUUCCUCCACGACGCAGUCCAUCGGCGACUCCAUCAUGGGACACUCGGAGGAGAGCAUGAAAGAUGAUCUGCCAAGGAGGCUAUGCCUGGUGUGCGGUGAUGUAGCGUCUGGCUUCCACUAUGGCGUGGCUUCGUGCGAAGCGUGCAAGGCCUUCUUCAAGAGAACCAUUCAAGGGAACAUCGAGUACACGUGCCCGGCGGCCAACGACUGCGAGAUCAACAAGCGGCGGCGCAAGGCGUGCCAGGCGUGCCGCUUCCAGAAGUGCCUGCGCAUGGGGAUGCUGAAGGAGGGCGUGCGGCUGGACCGGGUGCGCGGCGGGCGGCAGAAGUACCGGCGCAGCACGGAGCUGCAGGGCUUCCAGGCGCAGCAGGCGGCGCUGCACACCAAGCCCUUCAAGCCGCUCGAAGAGAACAAGGUGCUGGAAGCUCUGGCGCUGUGCGAACCAGAGAUGCUGGUGAUGUCCCAGGACGCCAGCAUCUGUGAUCACGAGUACCGCACCGUCUGCCUGCUGAGCGACCUGUACGACCGUGAGCUGGUGGGGAUCAUUGGCUGGGCCAAGCAGAUACCAGGCUUCACGGAGCUGUCGCUGAACGACCAAAUGCGCCUGCUGCAGAGCACGUGGGCGGAAAUCCUCACCCUCACGCUGGCAUUCCGGUCCUUGUCCAGCAGCGGCAAGCUGAGGUUCUCCAGCGACUUCACCCUGGACGAGUCUCAGGCGAGGGACUGUGGUGCCUUGGAGAUGUAUCAGCACUGUUGCCAGAUCGUGGAGAGGCUGGAAAGGCUCGGUGUCACGACGGAGGAAUACUACAUUCUCAAAGCUCUAGUGCUGGCCAACUCUGAUGUCAGGAUGGACGAGUUCCUGUCUGUGAAGAAGUUCAGAGACAACAUACUGUCAGCUCUCUCGGACUGCGUGGCAGCUAUCAGGCUCAGCAACUCCGGCUACCACAUGCACCACUUGCUGCUGGUGUUACCCGCCGUCCGCCAGGCCGACCAGGUGGUGCGCCGCUACUGGACGAACGUUCACCGCGAGGGCAAGGUCCCCAUGAACAAGCUGUUCGUGGAGAUGCUGGAGGCGUACUUCCGAUAGCCGUGCGGCCGGCGCGGUGCCGUGCCGUGACUGGCGAGGGAGGCCACCGGGGCUCGCCGAGUGGCGCUGCUCCAGUGAGGCGGAAAACGGGUUCACGUCUCAACGAGCAUCUCGAGGAUUCGGCCGGACGCUUGCUGUGCAGUUUUACUGUUGCGUAUUAACUGUUUUUAAUGUGUUGGAGAUGUAAUUUUUUUGCAGAAAACUUGCAUAAAAGAGUAUAUUUUAAAUAUUUUAUGAUAAUCACAAUUUUUAAUCUGAUGCUGUUAAAUGUCUUCAUCAGUGUCAGUGUUGGAAAAAAUUUUGGUUUAUUACGUUAUUUAAAAUUAUGAAAAAAAUAUGGAAGUUUUGCUCAAAUACUAUAAUUCUUUUUGUAUAUGCGAAAUUUUGUGGUUCUUUAUGUAAUCUUUUUAAUUCAGUGAAGUUAAGUUUCAGUAUUGUUAGGCUUGAAUUAAUUGGUACAACCAAGGCUAAGGCUUUGCUUUUCACCCCAUGUAUUUCUCAGCUUUGCUAACAGGUAGUACGUAUUAAGGUUUUUGUUUAUUAAUGCAACAGUAUUUUAGAAUAAAAUAUAAUUACUGUGCAGAAAUACACAUAGACAUAGAGCAUAAGCUGGUGCACUUAUCUUCCCACUGUCUUCUAAUGAUGACCAGUCGGUAAAUGAUGCAAGAUGAUGCCAAAAAAGGUUAUCGGUGAUCGCAAACAGUUCAGGCUGACACUGUUGUAUCCACACUUACUUUGACUCUACAACAGCUCAUUCGCAUAAUAUAAAGUUAGUAUCAGCUGGUCAGAAUAAUGGUCAUGUAAGCAAAAGGAACUUGGGGAGUGCAUAGAGCUAGCCAGGAUGUAUGUUUUGUAGUUUUGGUAUUAGCAGCUUAAAAAAAUAGUAUGUUCGUCGAGUUGCAGUUAUCGGCUGUAAUGAAACCAUCUUUACUGACUCACGAAGCAUAUAGGUUGUGCGAUGUACAUAUUUUUUUAUUAAUGCUUAUGCUUUUAACUCAUUCACUUCUAAAAUGUGUUUGCAUUUUGUUUAUUUUUUAGUGAAACUUUUCUAGUUGUUCGCUCAGUUAUUUUCUCUAGCUCAUUGUAAGUGAUUUUUUUUUAAAUUUUUUUUUUUUUCAAAUUAGUAAAUGUAUUAUUGAAAAUUCCAAACAUUCAUUUUGAAGUUUGCAGCCAUGUCAUAGAACCACUGCCUACACCUAUGUAAAAAUUUCACUUUCUUUUAAGGUUUCGUACCAUUUUUUAGCACUCCCAUAUGCGUAUGUAGUAAAAUUAGCAUAAAUUAAUUAUUGUGCUUUACCAAUACACAAAAUAAUCAAGUAUUGCUAUUAAAUAAGUUUUAUAACAUUACUUUUAUCUAAUAACUUUUAAUAGCUGAGAUCAUUAAAUAUGUUAAUUAUACAAAUUAUUUUUCAUUAAAAUAAUUUUCUUGGAAUUUUCAUGGAUAAUAACAUAAUUUUGGUGCCUAGGUAUAAGCAAUCCACCCUUUUUCAAUAUUUUAUUCUAUACAGUCAUUUACAAUACAAUAUUUUGUAAUUUAUUUGUACAAAAUAUUAUUUGUAUGUUGGAAAAUUGUUAGGGUGCAAUAAAGGAAAAAUAAUCAUUUAAAUAUUUAAGACCAGCAAUUUAAUAAAAAAUAUAUUUAGCUCUCUUACAAAGUUUUAUUUUCUAGGCUGAAAGUUAAAGAAGUAUUAAUGUUCAAUUAUUGUCUACAAUACCAGACUUAAUUUGAGACCUUAUAUCAUAUGUAAUUUAAUUUACAAGUGUAUCGAUUGGUAAAAUUUCAGACAGUUUUUGAACUUUGCAGCCUACACUAAACUUUAUUUUGAGUUUCAAAAGAAACUUUGUACUGGGGUUGUAAUUGGGUAUAUCCUCUAUAAUUAAGUUGGUAGGAUUAACAAUUUGUAAAAUGAAUUCUACCAGAUUUAAAAAAAAAUAUAUAUAUUUUUUUAGUAUUGUGGUAGACUAGCAGAGGCACACACACUCACAAAAUACGUUAAUUCAAUACAUUAUAGCCUGCAUUCCUGAUUUGCAAGCUGAUUUUUUCCCAACCUUUAUCCAAAAUUUUAUCAUCACUGACACUCAUGUAUGAAAUUAAAAUUGUACCUACUUGUGGCCAUACCUACCUUUUAUGCUGCUGGUUCAACACUAGCUUGCAAAGGUUUUCAUUGUGUGAACGGAACUUCUAGAUGAUUCUGGAUUUUCUGCUCAUCUGAAACCAAAUCGUAAAUGAUCACCUAAGAAGAUAAUGUUAAAGAAAAUGUUGCACAUCUAGACUGCAGGAAAUCUGAUAAAUUUUAUAAUUACAUUAGUAUUUUUGAUGUGUAAUUAAUACAGCUGUUAUGUUGAAGGUAGGAUUACUAUAUAUGCUCAUAUUGUAUUGAAUGUUAAAUAAUUUUCAAACAUAGUUUGGUGGUGUUUACAUUGAUUUUGUAUACUUCCUACAAAUUCAGUGUGGGCAGUAUUUGCUUCUAUUCGCAGCAUAAUUAAUUAAUUCGUAAACUGAUUGGCUUCUAGGUCUGUAAGGCAGGAAUUUUAAAAGCAAGCACUUAUUUACGAGUGUAAAUAUGUAUGUACUGCAGUGAAAUUUUCUUAAGAAGAUUCUGUGAUAUACAGUAAAACUUUUCUCUCUUACUAAUUAGGAAAACUUUCUAAAUAAAAAGGUCCAAUCAUAGAUAUGUAAUUCAAAAACUUCUUAAGGAAAAUAAUCUCAAAUUAUAAGGUAAAAAUUUCACAUUUAAAAUAUUUUUUAUAAUGUUGUAUUUAUGAUUUUUAACAUUUUAUUAUUAAGAAUACCUUAUCUGGCAGCUGUUAUUAAAUUUAUACGGUAAAUGUCUUUCAUAAUGACUAAAAUUAUAAACAUAUUGCACAAAGUCAGAUUGCCUUUAAUGCAGUCAGAGAUUGUAUUUUAAAGAUAUUCAAAGAGUUAUCCUGCAUUCUGGUCAAAAUAUUUAUUCUGUCUCUGUUAUAUUCUGCUGCUAGCUGACAGGUCUUGGAUCACAGGUAUAAAGUAGACCUACUUACUAACACAAAAUAUUCAGCAGCAGUGUAUAGUAAAAAUUAUUUAUGUUCUUAUUAGUACAGUCGGGAAAAACUUAUGAGAUGAGCUGGACAGAUAUUUGUCCAGGAACUAUUGUGACAUUAAAGACUGAUAAGAGGCAAAUGUUUCGUUUGAAAGAAAUAACAUGCAUAGAUGGCAAAGAUCGAAACAUAACACCUCCAUUGUUUCUAGGAUAAAGAAAUAUUAAUUUCUGUUUCUAAGACUGUUAAGUUGUACAUAUUUAUAAUGGUUGUCUGAAAGUUUUGUUUCUAUAUUAUUAGUCUAUUAUUGUUCAUAUUAUUAACUUAAAAAUUAAAUGUGAUAGCUGAUUAUAUAAUUGUAUUGGAUAAUAGAAGAUAUCUUAGCACAUUUACUUCAACAUGUUAGAUUUAUGUAAAAUACAUAUUUAAUUUUAAAAUACAUAGUUAAUAUUUUGCACAAAUGUUUGUUUGCUACACCAAUUCUGAAAUAAAUGAAUUCAUAUGUUAUAAUGUUUUAAGAUCAUUUUAGUAAUGAUAAGUUUUGUUGUAUUUUAUGAAAUGGGCUAAUCAGCAUGUGAUUUGAUAAAUUUUGAUUUUAUGCUAACAACUGUGUAGUAUAUGUAUAUUUUUUAAAGAUGUCCCAUUUUCUAGUAUUGGGCAAAGGUAGGUUUUCUGCUACGUACAUGGUAUAAAAUUCUUAGUAUGCAUAGCAGCAAGGUAUUUUUGGCUUGAUUUUUGUUCCUGUAUGUUACUAGUGCAGUAGAGUUUUAACUUUUCUUUGAAGUAAAUUUUUAUUAGAAAAAUUUUAUGUUAAAUUUUCGUCUUUAUUUUUCCAUUUUUUCCAUUCUUGAAUAGGUACUGUGUUUUAAAAUUUCAAAGUAAAGUUGGUUUGUGAUAAACUCCGAUAAUUUAUUUUUAAUAGAGGUGAUAAGAGGUAUAAAGAAUAAAUAUUUUGUUAAUGCUCUUCAAUAAACGUGCAGUAUGAAAACUUUUAUAAUAGCUACAACAUGUUGCGAGAUUUUGUGGGCUUUCACAGUUGAGUGUUGUUUCCAACUGGUUGUAUUCUAAGCUUGAAUUAGUGCUGGUUUGAAGAAGUCUUUUCUGUUGCAGGAGACAUUACAAAAAUGUGCUGUAAACAUAAUGAAUGAGUCAGGGGCGGCUCCAGGAAAACAUUUCGGGAGGGGUCAUUGUACAAAGAAAGGACCCAGUUGCAAAAAUGGAUGUUAAAUAAGUUGGAGAUGGCUUUGGAAUAUUGACAAAUUCAUGAUCUCAAAUACUGAACGUUAUUAGGCCCAUUUAAACAUAAUUAAUCAUUUUAACAGAUUUUAUUGGUGCUUGGACUGUCUGAAUUAUAUUCAUUAGUUAUCAAAUGUAAUUAAAGAAAAUAAGAAAAUAAUUUAUUUAUUUUUACUAUGGUUAUAGAUAUGACAAAAUUAACAUCUAACUGUAAUACAUUUUAAAAGGGCAGUGUUAAUAUAGAUUGUGCUUUAUUGGGGCCAGUAUUGUUUAACCUUAAUUAUGUAAUGAAGAAAAUUUAAAAUCCAAGAUGAAGAGGGAAGAUCCACCAAUCACCACAGUCUACAGUUCAUUGAUUUUCAAGUCAAUUCUGCACCAUGUACAGCUUAAGGGGUAUCCCUAGUAGCACCAAAUGUUAGUGAACACUGUAUUUUUUUGGAUCAUGAUAUCACAUUAUUUAUUGACACUACAAAUCUGAAAAUUUUUCUCCCACGAAAAAAAAAAAAAAAAAACUACAACAAUUGUGCAUGUUGUUUAAAAUUUUUAAUUUUAUGUAUCAAAAUAAAAAAAAUCAUCAAAUGUCCAAAUUUGGGUCAAUUUUUGUACUGUUUUUGGAAACUGAAAGAAAGAAUAUAAAACUAUAGGCAGAAAGGCAAUUUUUUUCUGAAGAAAUGGAUGUAUUUAAAACCUAUAGUCAUCGCUUUAAAUUCCGAGAUUUCUUUUCUACAGUUUCGGAAAAUACUAGUAGUUUUCCACCAGUAUCGUGCUGCAGCUCAGCGAAGCCAGCUCGGAGCCCGCCAGACUGGGGGGGGAGGAGGCAUAGGCAUGUUGUGUGGGCGUGCGUGGGGAGGAAGAGAACGGCAAUGAAAACGAUACCCUUGUGACUGAAAUAAAUUCUCAAUUAUUGCUUUCAGUAUGUCUAUCCACGUACGUUUAUGUUUAAAUAUUAAUCAUAUUGUGCAUCAUUAAAGUCAUUUUAAAAAUAUAUAUGAGUCAUUAUUAGAGAUGGGAAAAAAUGGUGUAACGAUUUUUCCGCGAAUUUUCGCGAAAAAUGAUUUUUAUAACAAUAAAACGCGAAAUUCUGAAAGCCUCCGAAAAAAAAAGUUAAAAUAUGAAUUAUUUGCGACUUUAUUAGUGAUGGGAUUUUCGAUACUUUGAUACCUCGAUACCUUCGAUACUUGACAGUAUAGCAAAGUAUCGAGUAUCGAAACUGUAAGUUCGAUACAUUUUUUCGAUACCGGAAUGCUUGUUCAUUUGUAUUGAAUUAAGUUUUGAGUCGCCAUCGUACAAAAUACAACUACAGUAGAACCUCGAUGAUACGUUCCCGUUUCAUACAUUUUCCCGUGUCAUACGCCGAUUAAUUUUGGUCCCGCCGAAAGCACUAUAUUUACAAUGGUUUACUUUCCCGGAACAUACACUUAUAAAAUCAUUAAUUUCCCGUUUCAUCCGUUUUUACGAAGCGGAAAAGUCCUAAAAUGCACAAAUUUUUUUCUUAUAUUCCUCCUGAUAAACUACGUUUUAAUGCUUUUAUUUUGAAAAACGUCCAUUGUUUACCUUUGCAAACGUAAAAAAAUAACUUUAUCACACCAUAGAUAUGGAUAGUAUCAGGAAGACUGUGCACUUCGGUAGUAGCAUCUAUGGCCAGCACCAAGCGAGACUAGUGGCGCAAACUAGCAAUGAUUAUGAAAAUGGUGCACGCGCUUUACCAAGGCACGGAUCUCGUAUUUUGUGCAUUCAUUAAUCUUUGAACUGAAUAUACCCGUUUGUUAUUGUUUUCUUAAGACUGGAUUGUUUUGUAAUUUACGUUUCUCAAGUUAAAAUUUUAUUGAAAAUUGUUCUGUUGCAUAAAGUUGUUUGUAAAAUGAAACAAACAAGCAAAAAUUUCUGAUUUUGUUUUUACAAUAGCCUAAUUUUUUUAAUUUCUAAUUUAGGCUUGGUGACUUUUCCCCCCCUCCAGGAAAGGAUUAUGUGCGCGAUGUCACAAAAUACGAUGUUCACACAUUAGGUUGGAAAAACCACUUAUUUUUAAACACCUUAGCUGUCUUUUAGCAUUUUCCAUUUGCCAGAAACAUUACGCCUAUCAAUUCAGAAAAUUACUCAUUGCAGUACUUAUUCAGCCGGCAGCCUCCAUAUUUACACACAGCAGUCCUUACUCCUUCCCCUUCGCUUCACAAUAGAAUACAAUUUAAUUUUUCCGUUGAUUAAAUUUUUUAUUGCUUUACUCCAAUGCUUAAUUAGUUCUUUUCGAAUAAAUGGUACCGAAAAAAUGUUAUAUAAUGUUUUUGUAAACAUUUAUUACGCCAUCCCGAAUUCUGAACUCGAUAUUCGUUUGUUUUCAUUGACGCCAGAUUGCAACGGAAGACAAUUGAAUGCGCUAGCAGCGAGCACAGCGAUAGUACACGUCAGUACCAACGUACCAAUUUUUCGUUAGCAAAACAACGCGUGACAUGCGUUAUCUUUCGGGAUCCCUAGUUAAUUUGCCGUGUUUAUUAAUAUUCUAUACUUUUGCAAAAGUUUACACGGGCAGGCAGUUUAAGUAAAACAAGAAUCCUUGUAGGUUUCGACUUAUUUACUGCUAGGCCCAAUAUAGCGAUGCCAAAAUUUAAAGCAUCUUGCUUAUCGCGGGCAACGGAAUUUAAAUCGAAAGGGCUGUACGUUUCCACCAACAUUUUGUUUUGCAAAUGGUGCAAUUGCCGAGUUGAUUACGAGAGAAGGGACACUGUUGUCAAACAUGUUGCUAGUAAGCAUCAUAUGAAAGUGAGGUUAGGUGCCGAGGGCACAAGCAGUGGCAGCAAACGUCUUGCAACACUAGAAGAAGUCGCAAAAGUCGGGGAAAAAGUACGAGAGAACAGAGAGACAUUAAUUUUGGAUACAACCAAGGCUUUUAUAUCCGUCAACAUACCACUCCAGGAAUUUCGUCAACACCCAAUUACGUGGUUGGAUUAAUAAAAAUGUAAAGGGUGGGGGGAGAUCUUCCUACAGCCAGUUCCCUUAGGAGAACAUAUGUUCCAAAAUUGGGGGAGAAAGUGGAAGCACAGUUAAAAGAUGAAUUUGAAGGGUGCUUUAAACUUUUGAAGAAAAUGUUGUAAGUACCGGUAGUAAAAAAUUUUCUUUUUUUAAAAUAUCAUUUUAAAAUAUGUUUUCCUAUAAAAACACAAAACACCGCAAUUGCUGAUUAUUGAAACGAAAUUGGCAUAAAAAUAACACCGCUUUUUCCCAUCACUAGUUAUUAUCAAAAAAAAAAAUGUACAAUUUCAUAGCAUAAAAAUAUUUCUGGAAAAUUUUGUUUAAACCUUUUUAUAAUUAGUUGUAGAGGAGGUGUUACAUUAGUAAUUGAUUUAUAAUAUUGGUCAAGAUCAUAUAGUUCUGUAUCCAUUUUUUUCAAAUAUUUUUUUUAUAAUUUGGAAAAAAAAAUUCAUUGUCCACGAAUGUGACAACAUGGUACAUGGACAUGACAACACGGUGCUGAAAAAUCAAAUGGUAAACAUGUAAUAAGUGCCAGAAAAUAGUAAAAUGCUGUGUCCUUAAAGAAUAUUGUGUAAAUAAAUACGAUCCGAGAUCUAGAAAACAAAAUUAACAAUAUGUCGUAGGUUCGCACAUUUUCUUGCUGGCAUUAUUUUGUUCUUUACUGAAAUAGAAAUUGAGUUUGGCUUGCACUAUUUCUUCAAAAUGUACCUAGGUUAAAAAAUUUAAUUUUUUCAUCUUAUUGUUCCCAGUUUUAGAAAACAAUUUAUUAGUAAGAUGUGAUUUUUCGUCGCGAUCCGGAAUAUUAAUGUACAUAUGCGACUAUUUGAAAAGCCAUUAAUCACCUGAAUAUUAUUUUGAAAGUAAAAAGUUUGGAGAAUUUUUGUUAUUUAAUAACUUUAUUAAGUAGUUAUCGACGUUUUAAAACUACGAGCUAUUCGUUUUUGGUAACACCUUUUUUUUGUAAUGAAUGUAAAUCUCUUUAAAAAGUAGUAUGUGAAUUAAAAAAAAACUUUGAACACAAAUUAAAGUUGUUUGCAAUUCAUGGAUAUAGUCUGGAGCACAGCACUAAUCUUAUUAUUCAAAUAAAUUAAAUCUGUUGAAGAGCAAGCAAGGUGAUACAAGAAUUUGAUCCUGUUGGAGUAUGUAGCGGUAGGCAUCCCCUGCCUUGGCGUGACCUUGUUCGCAGAUAACGCAGCAACUGGACUCCAGCAGAUACAAUGACAGAGUCUUCACCUCCAACCCUCCCAUUCAGCCUCCCCCUUGCUUCCCCCCCCUCCCACCAAGAAGCUCGGAUAUUUCGCUCCGCCCAUCCACUAGCUGCAGCACGUGGCCAGUAGCCCAGCACGCUAAAUAUUUUUACUAGGGAGGCCCCUUAAAAGUUCUCAGACUUGUGUAGAAAGGCUUAAAUUUAGGGGAAGUAUGAGCUCUUAAACUAAUCCAAUCUAAACUUGCUACAUGCUGUGAUGACCAUCCAAGAUUUUAACUGAGAGCUUCAUGGUUAAACGUUAAAAAUGCUUGGUAAUGUAAUUUGCCAGACAUAUUGACUGCCAUCAUUUUAGGUUGCAUAUAUAGUAUGUAAUUUCAGACGUGUUGUUCGCAAAUUUGCCGACUUUUGUGGAAUCUGCGUAAUUUUUGUUACUGAAUGCCUUGACUGCCUUCGGCUGAAGUCCUGCUGUAUGUUUGACUGUCUCAGUUGCGGACAGUAAUGGGAACUUGUUGCACAAAAUGAUUUUGCCCAAUGCUGGAUUUAUAUGUUCAAAAUCACAAAAUAAAACUGUGUUAAUCAUUAAAGAUUUUACCACCAUGUCUUUACAGAACCAAGAUUAUGAGUACAAAGUUAUUAUUAUUUUCUUAUUAAAAUGUACAAGUUCUUGUAAUGCCUUAUAUAUAAUAUAAUAAAAUAUGAAAAACAUAGUGGCAUGUGCCAUUAUUGUUUUCUCAUUUUUCUACAAUUUAUGCUUUAAAAAUGUUGGGUUUGUAUUGAGGCUUUUGAAACUUUGCCUUUUAAGGACCUUUGUACAUUAUGCCUGCAUUAAGCUGAAAAGUUCUCUUAUCAAUUUGGUUAUAAUGACAUCAAAAUUAAAAAUUAUUAAUACAAGUAUUGUUGUUUUUUGAAAAAUUUUUCUGAUGAAAAGGUUUUGCAAUGUGUAAAUUAGAAAAAGGAAAUUUUUAAAAUGUUUAUUUAAUGUUCUUUAAUAAAUAAUGUGAUGUAACAGUACAGGGAAAGAUUGUAAAAGAAACUAUGAACUCAGAACACAAAUAUAUUAUUUAAUUAAAAAACAUUUCAAAUAUCAGUUUUAAUAUCAAGACAACAAAAAUAAUUUGGACACAUUUUAAAUGUUGAGAACAAAAACAUGAAAAAAUUAUUUUCAUUAAGUGACUUCAUAGCCCAAAGAUUCAGUCUUACACUAGGAUAAGGUUUUGCUUGUGCAAAUACUUGUAGAUCCAGUUCAGACUAUUAUCAUGUACUAAAAAUCUAAAAUUCACACAAAAACAAUUUUAAUUGCAAAUACAAGGCCAUCAUUACAUAGGUAUGAAAUACCUACAUUAAAAGUUUUCUUAGGCCUGUGUUUUGUGCUAAAACUUUUAAAGCCUAAUAAACUCUGUUUGAAAACAUAAAUUUACAGAACUACUUUAGUAUUUUUUUUCUGUAGCAAUGUUGUUCCCUUCAGAAACUCAUUUUUGUUUUUUAAGUGAAAUGAUGAAACUGGGAUGGAUCUUACGUAAAAGAAGGUAACGUGUAAAACCCUAUAUCAGUGCUUGGCUGAAUCUUAAAAUAGGCAGCGCCUAUGAGAGAAAUGCAUUUACAGUGAGAUAUUUCAUGUGUCUGGGAUUCUUUUGUCUGUAAUUCCUGUUUUCUGGUACACAUUUCCUGGGAAGUUAAAUUAAUUAAACUUCUUUAUUGACAGUUUGUAAUGUUUGAUCAGCAUCUCAGCAUGCUAGUUCAUAGCUUUGUUUAUUUUGUAGGGUAUUGUGCACAAAGUUACGCAAGUAAUCACAGUGGUCGUGAAAAGUAGCAACUCAUGUGUGCAACGUGUAUAGUGAAAGAGGUAUGCAACAUUAAUUUAUGUCGAUACUCUACUUUUUUAACGUUCUGCGAGUAUCGAUAUGUUAUUGAUAAAACAUUACAAAUUAAACACUUUAAAUUUGAUUUUGUCAAUAAUAAAUUAAUAAAUACUGUUUGCAAAUAAUUUCUACCAUUUUGAAUUGUUCAUAUUCAUUUAGACUUCAGUUUGAAUUGGAGUAAAUAUUUUACUGGAGAAAUUUAUUAUGUAUUUUAGUUAAAUUAGGCAUGCUUUAUUCAUUUUAAUAGAAAAAAAAAACACUAUGGUUUCUACUAUAUGUACUCUGACAACUGUACAGCAAUUGGAAACACAUCUAGCUGGCCAAAUAUUACUAAAAUUUCUAUGUAGAGCAUUUAUAGUUAAAUGUGUAUCAUAAAUUAUAAAACCAACAUUUGAAAUCAUUUCUCAGGCUGGAUUAUUACUAGAGACAAAUUGUACGGUGUGUUGCGAUAAAACCGAAAUAAUACUGAACAAUACACAGAUUAACACCGGAAUACAAGUUAAUACACCAUAAUAGCACCGGAAUGCAAGUUGAAUCAUGGUAUUAAUUCAAAUCACAAAAAAAAGUAAUCUUUUAAUGUCAUUGUUUCCGGACAAAAAUUUUUACCAAAGUGCAUAGAUCAGAAAAAUUAAAUUAAUUAAUUUAAUGUGUAUCUUAAAUUGAAUCACUUAUAAACCAAAAAUUCUUAACAAUUUAUUUUUUAUUGUUCUGAAUGAAUUAGCUGUUGACAAAUUUAUUACAAAUUAUUUUAUCGUAAAAAUGCAGCAUAUAAAUGCACUAUUUUACAAAAAAAUAUUUAUAAACAAAAGAAUCACGGAAAUCUUCUGUUUAAAAAAGCAAAAUUGAACUGAAAAUAUAACCAUGAAAUCUUGUUUUUACUUAUAACUAGAGCCACCUGUUUGCGGUGAAAAUAAAUGGCAGAUUUCGUCAAUUUUUUUUGUUGAUUUCGGUGCAUUUUUCGUCAUUUUUAAAACAGUUUUCGGUGUAUUUUUUGUCAUUUUUAAAACUAAUUACGGUAAAAUUUUCGUCGCUUUUAGAAUUUUUUCCUUUUCAAUGCUUUUUUUAUUUCUUUUUUAAAAAACUCAGGUAAUUUGUGAUCUUUAAAAUUUUUAGUUUUAUUGAAGUCAUGCAGAAAAAACAAGAAUUUAAUAAUUACUUAAAUCACCAGCGCCUGGGAAAAGUAAGAAACGUCAGGAAUGUUAUAUAAUUAGGCCUAGGGCAUUUCCUACAUUUGGAUAGAAUUUCAGGAAUUUAAAACCAGAAAUGUUAAAAAUAUUAUGAGAAUUUAGGUUUUAUUUAGUUUUAUUUAGGUACAGAAAGCACUUCAGUUCUUGUAUAUUGAAAUGUUAUGAACAUUGACUGGAAUUUAAUUUUUUUUACAAAUUUCAGUGUAGUUUCAAGUUUCUGUGUAAACAAUAAUAAAAAAAUCAUGAAGUUUGUAAAUCAAAGGAUGUUUUUAAAAGUAGGCCUACCUUCAAUGUACUUGUUCAUCCAAUCUCUUAAUUUAGGAUGAUCAAGUUUCUCUAAAGGAAUAUUGGCUUCCAUGAAAGCACGAACUGUUGACAUAACAAAUUCUUGUUUGUCUUCUUUAGCCUUUUUCGUGCGGAAAAUUACGUCGGUGAGUUUAAUCUGACGUUUGACACCUGACGUAUUUGCUGCUUCAGAUUGUUUUGCAGCUUGUGCGAAUGCUUUAUUCUUUUUGUGGGAAGUGCUGCCAUUAAUGUGUUUCAAACACGUAUCCUUCCUGGCCCACUUGAUGCGCACGUUACAAUAUUUCGUGCGAGAAUACUUUCUUGCGGUCGUAAAUUGUAACCACCAUUCUAAACGUUUUAUUUUGUAACGUUACAUUAAACCUUCGUAGACUACACGCAGUUGACAAAGCAAACAGUAAACAACCAGAUCUACGACGAGACUAAAUAAUCACAGAAUAACAACACCGCAAGACUCCCGACAUUCAACUAAAUACUACUAACCGAAUAAAUAUAUUAAAUCGACGAAUCGUUCUCGCACGUCCAGUAGGGAACUGUUGGAGUUGGAGAAAGUGUUUCAACUUCACAUUGCUCGCAUUUAAGUUCUCACAACUUCGAACUUUCUCUUUGCACCUUACCUAACCUAACAACAUGAACCUGAAGCUAACCCGGUCAGACAGAGGUCUCGUAAUUGUCACGUAAACAAAAACCAGUCGAUUCUUUAGCGCGAACAUGACAUAGGAAUUUAUCGAGCGUAAGCAUUUUUCAUUAUUCUGUUUGGAAAUGGUAGUUUUUUUGGACAGCAACGAGCUAGUCGACGAAAUAUCGAUAUAUCUCACGUUAACACGGUCUGAUCGACUUAUAGCGCUCAAUCGAAUAAAAGUAAACACAACAGUGAGAGGAAUACGUUCAUUUCGUGAUUUUUUCACGUUUUAUCGCCAUCGCGGUAAAUUUUGCGCAAAUUCCUAAAUAAUGGCGAAAAUUUCGCGAUUUCGCGCGCCGCGAUAAACAGGUGGCUCUACUUAUAACUUUUAUUUAGCUGGGAGUAAUUUUAAAGUAAAAAAAAUAAUAAUAAACUGUCUCUGUUGAAAAUUUAAGAGAGAGCAUUUCAGCAUUAUGAUGAGAUUAGGUAAGUAAAGGCACAGGUCAUUAGGGUGUGCAACAAUAACAUAGUUCUGUUUUGUACUGUUGAAAAUGCAGUUUGUAUAAAGAAUAAUGGUAUGAAGUGCUGUCUAACUGCAGGCAUCAGGAAUAGGUUGUUCUUAACUGGAGUCGUAAACAUACUUUUAGGAUUGUGACUAUUGUUAUAUUUAUGUGUGAAUCUGGGCUGUUUUAUGGUGCACAAAUCAAAAUAGGUAUACUUAUUCCAGAUAAAAGAUUUCCUAUUAAAAGUUUUGUUCUAUUAAUUUGCUUCUGUUAUACAUGUAUUGAUGUCAAUAGCAUAUUUCACACAUAAAAAAACACUUCUGCUAAUAUAAUUAAUUUUUAAUGUACUGUCAGCCGAAGGAAAAUUAUUUUUUGAAUUACAAAUAGUAAGAUUUGCAUUUUUUAAAACUUAUUUGAUGUAAGAGUUUGGCAGUUUUAUAUACAUAUAUAUAAAGAGCAAAUAUAAAUAUUUAAUGAAGUAAAAAUACUAAGUGUAGGUAGUCAAGACAUUCCAAAACUAAGAUAAACCAUGGAUGCAUUAAUAAGCCAAGUUUUUAAAAGUUUUGAUUUAUUUCAACCCAAAUAAGGAAAAACUUCCUUUUUAUAAAUCUGGUUUGCAAAAUUAGGUACUCAUUGUCACCAAUUUCAUAUACUUAAUAAGUUUAGUAUUUGAUAAUUAGCCUAGUAUUAAAAUCAUUGCAGCAAAAAUGUUUCUUAGGUAGAAUAUCUACAUGUUGGCAAUACAUUUUCUAUUAAACCUGAUGACUUUAUUCAUUUCAAAAGUACCAUAUGUUGUAAUUUAAAACAAAAAUUAAUUAUCUCUGUUAGACUGCAAGAUUGACUAGUUGUUUGCUGUGAUGGAGACAAAUCAUUCAGAAAUUGGUGUGUCCUUCACAUGAUUAGCCAACAGGCAUUGAGCACUUGUAUACAUGCUGUGUAACAGUGCUGGUUCAAAGGACAUCAUUAAAUACAAUUUAAAUUGCCUAGUUGCCUCAAAAUCACUUAUUUGCAGGUAUGCAUGUAGUUUAAAGUUAAAACUCUGCAAGGUAUUUUAUUUCAUUGAAAUGCAGUCACUUGCUUCAGAUUUGCAUGGAUUUCAUCUACUGUGGGCUGAUAGCUUCUGUUUUUGAAAUUAUAAGAAUCUUUAUAACUAAAAGAAAAUAAUAGUGCGGGGCUGCGUCGGGAGACACGGCUGUUGGCUUAGCGUGGAACGUCUGUGUCGGCAAGUCGCUGUUAGAGUAGUCUCCGCUUGACAGUCCACUGGAGCAGACACAAGGCGGUGGAGUGUUCCCGGAGUUGUGUCGUGGCGGCCAGCGCUCCAGAGACAGUCUCGCUCGCUCGGCGCCCGUCCAGCGAUAGGCGUGGUUUAUAUUCUCGGCUGGCUGGUAUUUUAGUGCUCAUUUAUAAUUUUACUUUACAUUUAUACAAAUAGGUAAAUAUUAUUCAAAAUACACUAUUUUUGGCUUCAAUCGAUUGAUCUAAAUAAACUAUGCACACACACACACACACACACAUGCGAAUCACCAAGCUACCACAUCUGAGUCGUGAGCUACACUGAGUAGAAAGGAAUGAGAGCGCCGGUUUUGACCAAACUUUGCGUUUCCCCUAUCCUGCCAACCCGCAACGCAAACUUAAGGUCGUAUCAGUGAGCUGACUACAUAUGUUAAACAAUGACAAUGCAGUUACGUCUCUAUGGCUAAUAGUUAGGGAAUUAUUAAGGCAAGACGAAUAGACAUUUCAUUACAAUACAAAUUUCUGUUCUGGUUACCUUUAUGUUAUGGUGUGAUUUUAAAGUUGUUUCACUCAAAAAAAAAAAACUUAACAAAAAUGUGCUAUAUGUUUCAGUAGAGAGUUGUAAGUAGGUGGUAUGUGAUUGGCUCCUAGAAUAUUUAAUAUGCCUUAUGUACCUAAAACUACAACCAAUUUAGGGAUGGUUUUUAGAAAGACAAGAUUUUCUGUGUGAAUUAAAGUAUUUGUAUGACCGAUGGGCCUAUGCUUUUUCAUAAUCUUCUUGCUCACUUUCAAUUUUUAUUUUUUUGGAAAAUAACAUAUUUUUCAGACAGUUGCAAAAAAAAUAUUAUUUUUAUAGAACAGAGGCAAAUUGAAUUUUUCUCCAUAAAAUUGUACCACCGAUUUAGUAUUUGUAGAAAGUUGAAAUUUUUUUUUAUGGUGUAGUGAAGUGAUUUGGUAUUUUGGGUAGCGUAUAUUUAGUUUUAUCUGCUUCGUAGAUCAUUUACUUAAAUUUAAUACUUCUUCAAUAUGUAUUUCAGAUUACUCAACUGUUGAUUUCAUUUUAAUGGUUACGUCUAGUACCUGAUAGAGGUUAGCAUUAAAAGUCGAAAUUGAACUACUAUAUCACCAGUGGGAGUGCUGAUAUCAAGUAAGUGGUUGAGAUUUUUUUUUAGGGCAAACCGUGAUACAUGUUAAAGUUUAAUAACAUGGUUUUGGAAACACUUUUGCGUGUAGGAGAUUCUAAAACUGUGAUCAUAGAGUGAGUAAAAGUAACAUAUUUUAGAAUUUGAAGCUGUCUGUCAUCAACAUUUUGCAGGGAGAUAUACAAGGACUUUCAAUUAAGUAUCUGCAUUUUUUUCCUGCCAACUGUUGCUAUCAUGUGUUUUUGUUGUGCCUAAAUGUAAAGUAGUACAGAUGCAUUAUUCAAGAAACAAACAUUUGUUGUAACAUUACAAAGAAUUUGUUUGUAUCUUCCUGUUAGAAUAAAUCUGUGUAGUCUAUGAGUAAAAAAAAUCUUAAAAUGUUGCUUUACUUUAUAUAUUUAACUGUUGCACUUCACAACAGGCAAAUCAGUGUGUAGAAUAAUGACAAAUAGUGGAAAACAUGACAGAAAUUAAAUACUUUAGGUGAAAGAUGCUAAGUCAUCUUACGUGAAGUGAUUUAACAGAAAAGUGAUUUUUCAUGUUUAUUUUUGUAUGUCAGCCAUUUGUGUAUGGUUUUGGUGUGCAAUCUCCAUGAGCAUGGGAAUCUGUUCUGCAGUCUUUCUCGCUCAUGCGCAUUUCAUUCUGCGAUUGGUGAUAGUUUGUAUUGAAUCUAUAGUCUUUUAUAUGACCAAUAUAAAAAUUAAAAAAUUAAUACUGAAGUAUGGUUACAUUGAAACAGAUUCCCAUAGCUGAUGAUUUGUGUGUUAAAAGAAUUAUAGUUUUGUAGUGAAAGAUGACAAAUAUAUUGGGCCAAAUAAA